CUGGGCAAGCCGACUACAGCGAGCAUCCGUGGGAUAUAUGCUGCUCACCUAUUAUUUCUCCCCCGCAUUAAUUUGGUCUUAAAGAUACGUCAAAGUGAGACUCUAUGACAGCACUGCUCAGUCUCUAUGGUUUAAAGAGCCACAGAUGCAACUUUACCCUCUUGGAUACACGAGAACAUAAGAGAUAGAAACAUUUGGUAGAAAUUUAUUCAUCCAUCGGUGGAUAUUCGGUUGUUAAGGAUGAUUUUUGCAAAUUCUGCCCACACGGUGAGGACGUCACAUAAUCGUAAACAGCCCCCGGUUGGCCCCGCCUCCCACCCGAUGGCUCCGCCCAGUCCUGGAACCAACAGCAGCACCAAUCACAGCAGCUGCAGCAGCAGCACAGCCGGCUGGGAGCAGCUCAGUAAAACUAACCUCUACAUUCGUGGUUUACUGCCAACUACCACUGACCAUGACCUGGUCAAGCUCUGCCAGCCAUAUGGAAAAAUCGUAUCAACCAAGGCCAUCUUAGACAAAACUACAAACAAAUGCAAAGGCUAUGGCUUUGUAGACUUUGACAGCCCUGCUGCUGCUCAGAAAGCAGUCAGCGCUCUGAAGACCAGCGGAGUUCAGGCUCAGAUGGCAAAGCAACAAGAGCAGGACCCCACUAACCUGUACAUAUCUAACCUGCCGCUGACCAUGGAUGAACAGGAGUUAGAGGCCAUGCUGAAGCCCUUCGGACAGGUCGUCUCCACACGCGUCCUGCGGGACACCAACGGCGGCAGCCGAGGGGUCGGAUUUGCAAGGAUGGAGUCGACGGAGAAAUGUGAAGCUGUCAUCUCUCACUUCAACGGGAAAUUUCUCAAAACACCAGCUGGAGUUAUGGCGCCGUCAGAACCCUUGCUGUGCAAGUUUGCAGACGGAGGCCAGAAGAAGCGUCAGAGUCAAAAUAAAUAUGCGCAGAACGGACGAGCCUGGGCCAGAGAUGGGGAGACCAGACUUGCUGGCAUGACACUCACAUACGACCCAACCACAGCUGCUAUGCAAAAUGGAUUCUAUCCGACUGCCUACAGUAUUACAAACAGAAUGAUAACACAGACCCCCAUGUCUCCAUACAUCUCACCUAUGUCCACAUACCAGGUACAGAAUCCAUCCUGGGUCACCCAUCAGCCCUACAUCAUGCAGCAUCCGUAAUGUGUAUAUACUGACUGGUGU